AUCCUCAUGGCUUCGUGGCGGGCCGCCCGGGGACUGUGGCGGGGCUGCAGCAGGAGGUUUGUAUCAACAGAUCCGGUUUCUCGACUAUUAACAGCUGAGAUUGCACAGAUGCGCAAUGAGGUCUUUGCGAAGGAAAAAGAGAGACAAUUGUCUCUUUAUCCACGAAUUGAGAAGAUUGAAGUAAAGUAUGUUGGCAAAUCUCACCCAGGCGCUGUGUUUAUAAUGAACAAAGGACUCUCCACACCAUAUACUUGUGCCAUGCAUUUAAGCGAAUGGCACUGUAAGAAAUCUGUACUCGCCCUUGUAGAUGGAAAACUCUGGGAUAUGUACCGGCCUUUGACUCAGUCGUGUGAAAUACAGUUUCUCACUUUCAAAGAUGAAGAUCCGGAGGAAGUGAACAAAGCCUACUGGCGAUCUUGUGCAAUGAUCCUGGGAUGUGUGCUGGAACGGGCCUUCAAAGAUGACUACUUGGUCACUCUUGUUAGAAGACCAGAAGUUCCAGUGUUAUCUGGCGCUUUCUGCUAUGAUGUAAUUUUGGACAACAGGCUGAAUGAUUGGAAGCCAACAGAGGAAAAUCUUCGUUCUUUUACAAAAGACGUUCACAAACUAAUUCACAAAGACCUGCCAUUCGAAAGUCUGGAUGUUGAUGUAAAUGUGGCAUUUGAAAUAUUUCAGCAUAACCAGUAUAAACUGGAUGUGGUCAAACAAAAAGCUUCACAAAAUUCUGAAGGAAUGGUGCCAUUGAAUAGGUUUGGAGACUUUGUAGACAUUAGUGAAGGCCCUCAUAUUCCCAGAACAAGCUUUUGUGGCCAGUAUGAGGUUACAGCAGCUCAUAAUCUUGAAAGCAGCCAGUCUGAACUAAUACGAAGAGUUCAAGGUCUCUCUCUUCCAGUUGAAUUGAAGCUUCAUCAUGCUGUCUGGCCCAGGUUGUUGGAAAGAUCUCAGAAAUUAAUCAGUGAAGACAGACGGAAAGAAGUGAAAGAUGAAAAUGAAGUAUCAAAAACUGAAUCAGUCUAAUAUUACACG